UGGCCGGUCGUGUCGUGCCUAUCCCUCCUACGCUCCGCGUUCGAAAUGUGUGACAAUAAUUGUUGCUUCCUCUUUUAAUAUCUGUAUUUAUAAACUUUAUUGUAUUGUCUUUUGUAUCUAUGAAGAUUAAGUUUAUAUAAUAUAACUCGAUGGUUUUAAUUAAUGUUUGCUGUAUGAACUUUACGAACAAGAAAACGAGAAUAGUUAAUAAAAUUGGCUAAGACCGAUGCGAUCAUCAGUCAGCCCCAGUCACCCACGGAUGCCGUAAGGUCGAGCAGUGGUGCGCAGCCGUCGUGAUGAGCACAACCCGCCAAAAUGCGUCGGCGGCCAUUUUAAACAGGCAACGGAUCCGUUUGUCGGCACGAGAUGGCCGUCAGCGCCAACGCGUUCAACGCGAUCAUGCGCGUGUGCACCACGCAGCGUUGUUAUGAAAUGUGGAAACAUUGCAAGUGGCGACAGAAAUCAUCGAGGACAAACGGGACCUUUAGAGUUCCCAGAUAGAGAUUGUGGCCUAAGUGUUGUGUUGUGUAAAUAUAGUGGUGUAAUAUAAGCAUGGAGGGUCGUGGAGCGCGCACGCCGCUUCUCGAAUGCGGGGAGUAUCACCCGCACAAGAAGGCCACCCCCCGAUGCUGCUUCUGGCUGGCGAGCCACGUCAAUGUGAGGAAAUGCGUGGCCGGUGCCAUGUUGCUCUCCGUCCUCACCAUUUUCUUCUAUACGUAUUAUGUGACCGCUCCCCUGACAAGCCUUGUAUGGAGAGAUCGAGUUCCUCGGCCUUUGUCGCAGUGUUCCCUGCUCGCAUCGCAGCAGCAGGCCCGAGAUCACCGAUCGGACGCGCGUCUGCGCAUCGAUGCAAAAGUUCUGGUCAUCGCUGAGUCCUUAUACUCGCGGCUUGGGCGAGACAUUGCAGAAUUGCUUGUCGCUAACAGAAUACGGUAUAAGGUGGAGGUAGCAGGCAAAAGCCUGCCAGUUCUCACCACGUUGGACAAGGGUCGAUACGGAGUAAUUGUGUUCGAGUCUCUAUCGAAAUACGCGAACAUGGACAAAUGGAAUCGGGAGCUUCUCGACAAAUACUGUCGAGAAUACUCGGUAGGGGUUGUAGGGUUCGCCACACCCGGCGAGGAGACACUCGUAGGAGCCCAGCUGAAAGGAUUCCCACUCUUCAUGCAUACCAAUUUAAGGCUUAAGGAUGCAUCAUUAAACCCAGCUUCACCAGUACUAAGAUUAGCACGAGCUGGUGAGACAGCUUGGGGACCACUGCCAGGUGAUCACUGGACGGUGUUUAGGCCGAAUAGUUCCACUUAUGAGCCUGUUGCUUGGGCUUCAAGGGAGAACGAAUAUGGAGUCAACGAAGACCACAUACCGCUGGCUACAGUUAUGCAAGACCACGGUCGUUUGGACGGCGUCCAAAGGGUCCUGUUUGGGGCCGGGCUCCAGUUCUGGCUACAUCGGUUGCUGUUCCUCGACGCGUUGAGUUACCUCAGCCAUGGCCAGUUAAGCUUGAACCUCGAUCGGUGGAUACUUGUCGACAUUGAUGAUAUCUUCGUGGGUGAACGAGGUACCAGAUUACACGAAGAAGACGUGUCAGCGUUAAUGGCGUCGCAAGUGGCUCUGCAACGGCUGGUUCCAGGCUUCAGGUUUAACCUUGGCUACAGUGCUAAAUAUUAUCACCAUGGGACAGCUCUGGAGAAUCGCGGGGAUGAUUCUCUAUUGAAGAAUCGAGAGCAUUUUAGCUGGUUUUGUCACAUGUGGAAUCACCAGCAACCCCAUCUCUACAACAACGUGUCACAGCUGGAGUCAGAAAUGAUGUUGAACAAACAGUUUGCCAUGGAGCAUGGAAUACCCACAAACUCAUGCUAUUCGGUCUCACCGCACCAUUCGGGCGUGUAUCCAGUGCAUGAGCCGUUGUACGAAGCCUGGAGGAAGGUGUGGGACGUCAAAGUCACUAGUACUGAGGAAUAUCCGCAUUUAAGACCGGCCAGGUUGCGUCGCGGCUUCAAGCAUAGAGGCGUCAUGGUGCUACCUCGGCAGACCUGUGGGCUUUUCACGCACACGCUACUGCUGGAGAGAUACCCAGGCGGAAGGGAACGACUCGACAGGUCGAUUCAGGGUGGCGAGCUUUUCCAGACUGUCAUCAAUAAUCCUAUAAAUAUCUUCAUGACACAUAUGUCGAAUUACGGCAAUGAUCGUCUGGCCCUCUACACCUUCGAGUCUGUCGUGAAGUUCCUCCGAUGCUGGACCAACGUGCGUCUCGCAUCAGCACCUCCGCUGGCGCUAGCUGAGAAAUACUUCCAACUUAGGCCAGAUGAGCUGAACCCAUUGUGGGGGAACCCCUGCGACGACGUCCGCCACAGACGCAUCUGGUCCAAGUCGAAGUGGUGCGAUACGUUACCCAAAAUCCUGGUCAUCGGGCCUCAGAAGACAGGAAGCACUGCGCUCUACACGUUCCUGGCGAUGCAUCCAGUCCUGGUACCGAAUCAACCCAGCCCAACUACAUAUGAAGAACUCCAGUUCUUCAAUAACAACAACUAUAUGAAGGGACUAGAUUGGUAUCUAAACUUCUUUCCGCCGAACCAGAGCAACGCAUCCCAAAUAACUUUUGAAAAGUCGGCGACGUAUUUCGACGGUGAUCUUGUACCGCGACGUGCCCACGCCCUGCUGCCGAACGCGAAGAUUAUUGCUAUACUAAUCUCGCCUUCUAAAAGGGCCUACUCGUGGUACCAACACAUUCGGUCGCACGGCGAUCCAGUGGCGAACAAUUACACCUUCCACGCCAUCAUCUCAGCGAAUGACUCGGCGCCGAAACAGUUACGAGACCUAAGGAAUCGUUGCCUCAAUCCGGGAAAAUACAGCCACUACUUGGAACGAUGGUUGUCGGAGUACAACUCACAUCAGUUCCAUAUAAUUGAUGGAUCGCUGCUUCGCUCUGAACCAGCUAUCAUUAUGAACACUUUGCAGAAAUUCCUGAAAAUUCCUCAUAUUGACUAUCACAAGUUGCUUAAGUAUGACGCAAAGAAAGGUUUCUUCUGUCAAGCUGUCAACGAUAAGACAAAAUGUCUAGGUAAGUCCAAAGGUCGCGUAUACCCGCCGAUGGAAGACAGAUCAGCGAAAUUCUUGAAACGAUAUUACACUCCUCACAACACAGCUUUGUCGAAGCUUCUUGUGAGAUUAGGCCGGCCGGUCCCUCAGUGGCUGAAGGAUGAAUUAUCCAAUGGAUAGCAUAGUAUAAAACCUAAAGGGUUGGAACGAAAGGAAAUAAUACGACUGAUCAAAGUCUGUCUUGUGACGUAACAUUAUUUGCUUCGGGAAAAUGUCCGUGAAGCAAACAUUUGUUAAAUAGCUCUAAGUUCCGAUUCUCAGGGUUUUUUCAAGAGAAAGGGUUCUAACAGGGCUUUAACUUUAAGUACGAUACGGACCUUCAACCAUACUCAGACUCGUUCAUUAAUAAAUGGCAACAUUAAUACAACGGCCCUACUCUGACGCGUGUCUAUGAGUUAAGAUCUAUUUAUGCCAGUGAAAUACUUCUAAAACUUCUUCAAAUGGCUUAACUAACCAUUAACUUAAUGAACGACUCUAAGUACAUACGUAAAUUGUGAAUCUUGUAUAAAUAAAUUUCGUUAUGAUGGUUUUACUUGCCAAUGCGCGCUGGGUGCUACCUUUUUCGAAAAUCUUAGUUGUGUAUUUUGAAGUUUUGUUUGAAGUUUUGAAAGGUACUUGACAUCACAUAUUCAGCUUGUUCCAAUUGGAAUUUAUGAACUGUGCUUGCAACUGUAUCGAAUACUGUUGAUACUUGCACGUAAAAAUGUGUUGCUUUUAAUCUAUGUAUUAUAUGUUUGCGCAAACACAUUUUCUUGUCAUUAAAAUUAACAAUAUAGUGUUAUUUUUAGAGAUUUUUUAAAUUACAUCAUCAGAUCCAGUCAAGUGCCUGUUUUAUUUGGGCUACUCAUUCCGUUUGUACCUGAUUUUAAUUGUACAUUUCUAGUUGUUUUCUGUAUCUGUGCCAUAGUCUUGAACAAAUUUUCUUAACUGUAUUCUAAAUCUCUGUUUAAUAGUCGGGCUGCAACCUUUUUAGGUCUUGAUCUCAGAUUUUUUAAUCUGUUUCUUGAUCAUUUGUCUAAUACAAGUGUCUCCUGUGGACUUUUUGGGUCAAACGCAAGCCGAUUUCCUCACGACGAUUUUCUUUAUAUAUAUAAAGAAAGUCCAUUGGUGCACAGCCGGGGAUCGAACUUACGACCUCAGGAUUAAAUCGCGUUUUAGAAUACGAGCAGUGACGUCGUUGUGACAAUAUUAAGUUAUUCAAUCAAUUUUAUGUCUAUAUAAUGUAACUAUGUACAUAAAGAAAAUCGUGGUAUGUUAUUUUGUUAGUUACCUGAUUUGUUGGUAAAUUGAAUCGGGCUUAAAUGGAUUAAUUAUAUAGAAUACACAUUCGAAGGCCUCUGGCUAAAUUUAUGAGUUGUUAUUGUAAGAUCAAUUUAAGUCAAAGAUUACAUUAUUGUCUCUGUGAAACUUUGCUAACCUCUUUAUUACUUAUGAAGCGAAAGAGAGAUUAAAAUGUAAUUAAAUAUUCAUUAGAAUAACUUAUAUAAACAUAUUAAUAUCAUCUGGAACUGCCAAAUCAAUUUGAGUUCAGAACUGUAAUGAGGUAAUAUGUAAUUGUAAGUUUAAAUGUUUUUAACAUUGUAAAGGUGGUGUUUUGUUUUUACAAACUUCGCGUAGACGUAAGUUUGGCUACGAGCGUCUCAAAUGUGAACGUAAGUGAUGGAUUUUCAUAUACAGGAGUCAUAAUAGCUAAGACUCAUUUCUGAAGCUAAGGCUUGUCCAAGAUGUAAUCCUUAUGGCCUACAUCUGAUUCAACGAUCUAAUCAAAGGCAAUGAAAACAAAAACACUUAAGAAAAGAAUAUUAAAAUUUACUAUGUAUUUAAAAAAUAUUUUUAAAUGAUUUACGAUAGAUGGAAUUGGCAUUUUUAUUUUUUUUUCUUACUGGUGCUGAUUCCAUAAUAUUUACGUACCCACAAAUCAGGAACCAGCCUAAAUGAUGGACGAACAAUAUUUUAAUAUGCCCGAAUUAUAUAUAUAGUUGUGUUAAUAUUUACUUUAUAGAUAGAGAAUGGAAUUAAAUUUCGGUGUACAUAACAUUACUUUCGCCAGAAGCUUAUAGAUUUAGAUUUACGAUUUGUAAAUGAAAUUAAUAUUUCUUUUAGUGUAGGACCAGCUUGGAACUUACGGCGCGUGUACAUAAUGUAUUAGUUUUAGAGAAAUAUAAUUUUUAUACAUUUGGUUAAUAUUGGUUAGAUGCGCCUGAGUUCUUAUACGAGAUGAUUGUUAGUACAUUUGAGAUGCCUAAUAUUUAUCUUUAUCUGUAAUUUUUUAACUGUUUCUUCGGAUUCAAAGGUGGGAUAAAUUUAACUAACUGCGUUUGUAUCCGAUAGUUCUUAUUUUUGUACGUGUUUAAAAUCGAUUAUAUAUAUAUGAAAAUGUUUUAAAUAGAUAGUAAUUUUCUUUGUAAAUUCGAAUAUUUGUUGUUAAUAUGUGGUGCGAGUGAAUGAAUUUUGUAAUUUGUUUAAUACAUUGAAAUUCGCUCCACAUUGACAGAGUGUUGAUGUCGAUCUGAUUAUAUUUUUAAUUUGUAUAAAAGCAAAUGUUCAUUAAAUGUGUUCUAUAUGAAAUUACAUCACUUAUUUUAAUAAACGAUAUAAAAACUU